AUGGAGGAAGGCGCCCAGACCCCAGACUGGGACAGCGAUGAAACGAUGAUUGACGAGUCGGUGACGGAGAGCGACUUGGAUGAAGAGGAGCUUCCCUGGAGAAGGUUGCUCUUUGAUCAAGACACAUCUCUUAGAUCUGAGUUCAGUCUCCAUCCUGGUAUAAGUGGAAUGUACGAAGGCUCACCUUCUCCUGAGAUUCAACUUGCUUUCAAAUUCAGAGAGAUUCCACAAGAGCAAAAGAGUAAAAAUAAUAUAAUGCCGCCUCUUAGUGAGAAAGAAGUCUUACAGCAACCUCAAGAUGAAAUGGAACAAAAUGAGGUUCUGUUCCCGAAUAGAAGAAGUUUUCCAGUGUUCACUGGGUCAUUUUCCCAGGCCAAACUUUCAGUGAACCACCAAAGCAUUCAAGGGCCUGAGGCUGAAAAUCCUGAAAAUUUGCCAGACCCAGAAAAGGAACUAAGCACAGACAGAGAUGCUCCUGAAAUUAGCUUUCUGUCUGGUACUACUGCUGAAGUAUCUGAUGUGGUGGUUGUAAAGGAGAAGCUGUUAGUAGAGCCAGAGAUCUUAGCAGCACCAAGUAAGUUUUCUAAGUCUGGAAAGGAAGCCACAUUGACCAUGAAUUCUGAAGAAACCAAGGAUGAAGAAAGUUCUCUUAAAACUUUUGUGUCUGCCUUAGAAAGGUUACUCACAUCACCAGAAAUGGCUCAGGAAGAAAGACUGUUUGAAACAAUGAGUGAUUUUGAACCUAAAGAGUUGGACAACCCAUUGAGCAACUCUCCAAGUUCCAUAUCAGUAUCCUUGACAUGUUACAAAGAUUUCCUAGAAAAUACAAAGGAUGAUGCAUUGCCAGCUGAGUUGUUAGCAGCCAUAAACACAUUAUCAGAAGGCAACGUGGGACCCAUAUGUCACAGAAAAGAGGGAGGCAGCAGUCUCAGUGCUGGAAAUGAGUAUUCAGGAAUGGAGCCCAAGAUGUCUCAGACCAGUGAAGAUUGUACACAAAUAACAGAGACUCUAGAAGAUCCAAACUUUGGGCUGCAAACUUUGGUUCAUCAAAAUGUCACCUCAUGUGAUCCACUACAUAAUAAAGGAAAUUCAAAUUCAGUGAAAAAUAAAUCUGGCCAGGAUACUCCAUGUGUGUUAAGGAGAUCGUCCAGACUGAAAGCAGGCAGAGAUGCAAAGCACACAGAUGACUUGUAUGAGACUCCAGAAAAGAUUGUACCAAAGAUUCUUAUCAGUGAGGAUCAAAUAAGUAAUAUCUCUUCAACUAAGAAUUUCAGAAUGCAGGAUCCUGCUUUAAUGAUUAAAGGUAAAGGGAAGAAUAUGCAUUCAACCAGACUCAAAAGUGGAGAACAGAUGCAGAGAAACAAAAAACUUGCUGGAAAAAGUGAAAAAAUGAAGAGGAAUGAAAUAUCUCUAUCUAGCAUUAACCGUAGAAACAUCUUUGGAGAGAACUUACUGUAUCAGGCUGCUCUGCAUAAUGACAUUGAUCUUGUUCGUCAUUAUAUAAUGAAAGGAGGAAGUAUUAAUCAGCCAAGUUAUGCUGGUUGGACAGCACUUCAUGAAGCUAGUGUGGGAGGAUUUUAUCAGACAGUAAGUGAACUAUUAAAAGGUGGAGCAGAUGUAAAUAUCAAAGGAAUGUACCAGAUUACUCCCCUACAUGAUGCUGUCAUAAAUGGACAUUAUAAGGUGGCAGAGUUACUUCUUUUGAAUGGAGCCAAUCCGUUACUUAGAAGUGACAGUGGAAAAUGUGCUGUGGAUGAGGCCAAAGAUUCAUGUAUGAAGCGUCUCCUUGAUAAAUAUAUUCCUAAACAGCAAAAACAUCUCCUUACAUCAGCUCAAAAGAACAGUACCGGUCCAUUAGACAUAGAGGAUACAUACCAGCAAAAGAAACCAAAAUUCUGUUCUAAAAAUCUCAUUGGGUUUGUUUGUGAUGAAAAUUCCAACAGACAGAAGUCAGAACUUGUAAAAGUUAAUGAAGGAAGCAAAGAGGGUUUAUUUAUAAAUAAAGAUGUAUAUGAACUUUACCAAAAAGAUUCCAAAGACACAAAAUUUGUUAACUCUAAGCAUAAACAAUCAGCACUUCACCAAAUAUACUCUACUACGGGACUCCGAAAGAAGAGUCUUCAGAGUGUCAAAGGUCCUAACACAAAUGUGUCUACUGAUAAAGGAAGAAGAAACACACGACAUAAAAGAACUCAAGUGGAUGAUGCAAAACAAGAAAUAUGCAGUCCAAGAAAGACAAUAGCUCUUUCUUCUUUCAGAAGAAGAAACAGAUUGGUUACUGGUCAGCAAGAUGAUCUCCAAACCUUUGAUGACCUUCCAGAAGAGUCACAUAAACUUUUUAGCCCAGCUCUGUCAAGCCUGAAAAAUGGAUUAGGUAACAGUAUUGAGGCUUGUUCAAUUCCCAAAGAGACACAUGCCCAGGACCUGGAUUUAUCAGAUAAUCAAGAAAUAAAAUUCUUAGAAUCCACUGACCAAGAGGAAGCUGCUCUUUUCUCAGGACUUGGCUUACAGAAAGAAAUCAAGUUACCACUUGUUACUACAGAUCAGCAGCCUCACUGUCAUCCAGAACAACAGCGCAUUAGCCCUCAUAAAUCUCCUGAAAACAGUAAUUCAGGUCAGAAAGGUGAGAGCCUUAAGAAGUGGGAAAAUUCUUUUGCAUCCUUGAUAAAGGAAAAUUUUAAUAAUGAUGAUGAUGAUUGCUUUACCUCUGAGAAGACUGUAGCAUGUAAAAGAGUGGUAUGUUCUACAGGUUGCAAAAACCAUUUUAACUAUGAUGAGAAUAUAAUAACAAAUACAGAAGAAAUGGAUUUUCAACAGUUUUUCCCUUCUGAAGACCAUUUUUCACAGGCAAAUGAGUUGAAAGCCUGCAGUCUAAUACUUCUACAUCAGGAAGCUGUUAAUCUUUCUGAUUCAGAAAAAACAAUAGGUCCUGAACAACAUGUUGCAAAUUAUGAACAAUGCACCUGUGAAACUUCUUUUGAUCACUCACAUGGCAGUCCUGAGCAUACUUUCCUAGCUUGUCCAAGAACAUUUUCAACAAAGGAAGCUUCAAAGUUGACUAGUCAUGUGAAGCUAUUCAAAAGGCCUCAAGAUUUUAGCUCUAGAGCACCAACUCCUUUAAUGGAUCAAACAGAUAUACAUAUUGUGGGAAAGGUAAAUGAAGGAGAAGACCCUAAAAGGAAUUACAGUGAUGAAAGCCAGAAAACAAGUUCUUCAAAUGGGCCUUUAUCCACAGUUGUUAAUUCUCAAGUAAUAGAAACAACUACAGUUGAAAAAAGGAAACAAGAUCUUCCAGAGAGCAAAACCAUACAUGAUACAGUUUUUUAUUCCACUGACAAUAUCAGUAAGGAAUUGACCAAUAUCUCACAACUUAGACAGAAAGAAGAAAAGGAAAUUUCUCAUAAACCAGGUAUUGGUAUGAAAACAGUUGGGAUCAAUAAGAGGAAUGCCAAAGGAGAAAGCCGGCUUCAUUUGGCUGCCAGAAGAGGAAAUUUGUCUCUGGUGAAGGCUCUAAUAGAAUCUGGAGCAGAUGUGAAUCUAAAAGAUAAUGCAGGUUGGACACCACUUCAUGAGGCAUCUAGUGAGGGAUCUAAUGAUAUAAUUGUAGAGUUGUUAACAGCUGGUGCUAAUGUUAAUUGUGAAAAUCUAGACGGGAUUGAUCCCUUACAUGAUGCUGCUGCCAACAAUCAUUUAAAGGCAGCUGAGAUUCUACUACAACAUGGAGCAAACCCAAAUCAAAGGAAUCAAAAGCAGAAGACUGCUUUGGAUGAAGCAAAUGAUGAAAAAAUGAAAGAGCUGCUGAAAUCGUAUGGUGCAAUUGAGACUGAUAAUAGCGAUGAAAGUAAUGUUAUAGCCACUGUCAAAAUUCCUGCUGUCCGACCAAAAAGACUUAAACGGUAUUUUCGUGAUGACUGCAAAACUGUUGAUCCACCUUCUCUUUCACACAGAGAAAAAACAAGAGAAAACCAUCCUGUGCAUCAGACCAUCAGUGCCAUUCUACAAGAUAUAGAAGAAAAACAAGAAAACUUACUAGAAUUUGAAAUAAGAACCCCUGAAGAUGCAGAACAAUACAUUGAAAAGAUGUUAGAGGUAAAAGAAGUUAUGGAUAAUGUGCUUGCCAAACAGAAGGCAGAAAGAGAUGAUCUGGCUAAAAAAUACAGGGUGUCCAUAGAAUCAUUUAAGCAAGGAGUCCUGAGAGAACAACUGGCUAACUUGGCCACAAGACAGAAGAACCUUUUAGUUGUAGCAAAAAAACAGAAAAAAAUUAGCCAGAAAAUUCAAAACUAUAAAAACAUUACAUCUUUGUCUGGUCCCAGUCUGAGGAAGCUGCCAUCCAGCUCAGAAACCUCUAGUGAAAAGGACAUCCAAGAGUGUACCGGCCUGGAAAAUCCAUUGCAGUCUCAGUCAGGUUCACUUUCUCCUGUAGGCCUUAUUUGUGGAAGCAUGCAGGAAACACAGUUGUCUCUGCAAAUGUGGAAAGGCAGCCAAAAUACCAACACCUGUGUAAACUCAGAAACAGUGAGAAGGGAAGAAUUUUCUGGAAAUGAACUGAAUUCUAACCAACAUGUGAGUGACUGUACCUUGGGUGGGUUAUCAAAAUCCAGACAUUCAAAUGGCAGUAAGAAGAUUAAAUUACCAUCCCAACCUAUUGCUUUUAUUGCUCAAGCAGAACAUUCACAAAAAGAAAAAGAGUUUCUUACAGAAACUCUGGCCGAAGGGCAUGAAUCCUAUAGUAGUCCCUCAGGAGUAACUGGUGCAUUACAUAUUUCAGAGACUACAAGCAUACUUGCCAAAAGUGAUGCCCAUCCAUCGACUGUUAUUUGUGAUCAGGAUUCUACCAGUUGUGAUCCAAAAAGAGGAAAGAGGAAAAGAGCUUCCCAGCAACCACCUAGAGGAACAUUAGAAUCCUUGGCACAUCAAGGGACUGAUGUCUUAGGUAACAAUACUGGGCAUCAGAUGAAAUCAUAUCUUAAAAAAUCAGCUUUUGGUGUUCCACAUGCUAAUGACAGUCAGAGCUCCUCUUCCUCUAGAUGUGGCCAUCAACGUACUAUAAAAAAGCCUUUAAACUACAGCACAGCUCCUAGAAAGAAAUGCAUGCAGAUAAAGGAUCUGAUAUUACUCGGAAGAAUUAAUCCAGGAAAUAACAUUCUGGAAUUCAAAACACAGGAGACUAUCCACAAAGCCAGUGUUUUAGUGAGUGGUAAAAUUAAGGUAGAAAACGGUCAGAUUUAUCAAAAUCCAGUCACCUGGCUCAAGGAUCUUCUAGGAGGCGACAGUUAUGUGACUUGGAAUUAUGCUUGGAGUAAGGUGACAUAUCUGGGGAAGGAGCUUUUAAAGUAUGUUUCUGAGGAAGUGCCCAUACCUGCAGAGCCAGUCGUGGUGCCUCAACAACAUCAGCCUUGUCUUCCAGAUGUGCCUUGUUUAGAUGACCCAGUACAGGAACCAAGCAAAUAGGUAUUGGAAAAAAUGAAAUUUGGACAUGGAACUUCCAGAGAGUCAAUGCAAAGCAUUCCACAUUAUCUACAAAUAAAUGAAGUACUAUUAAUCAGCGAUCAAGAAUUUCUCCCAUGCCAUAUAAUGGAUCAGCAUUGGAAGUUCUAUGUGGAAUGUGAAGAGCUAACAUUCUAAAGCCUUGUUUUCGUAAUAAUUUAUUAGACAUUUGUUCAUUAACCCACAUUCAUAUUUUAUGGGCUGGAGGGCCUAUUUUAACAUACUCUUCAUGAGUUGCUACUUAAAAUGUGUGUUUACCAUUGUAAGAAAAGAUAUAACUUGAACUAUUAUAGUA